CGCGGAUCGAUGCCAUCGUCUUAUGCCAUAUGCAUGCCUUACGCCGUCAGCGGCAGGUGCAGCCUAAGGUGGCCGCUCGUCACCGCGCUCGCGCCCGCGCCUCCCCUCCGCGGUGACCUGUGACACCAGCGCGACGCCGCGGCCUCCAGCGGGUCGCGGCCCCCAUUGAGUGGCCAGUCCUCCGGACGCGCGCACCUCGGCACCAGACCGCAGCCGAGCCGCCGCCCCGGGCCUCUGGCCGCCGGGAGAGUUCACCGGAGCGGAUCCACCACCGGCCAGCGUGGGGAACCAGAGCUCAGGGAUGACGCUGCCGGAGCCGUCGCCGACCGCCAACAAGGAGGCACAGUGCGGCGGCAGCGAGGCCGGCGAGGACGCCGACGAUGAGGCCUCCCCGACGGCAGCGCCCCCGCCGCCUCCUCCUCCGCCGACGGCGACCGAGUCGAUGGCGUCCCGCUCCACAUCCGUCUCGGGCAGCCGCCGGACGUCCGAGUGCGGGCUCGGCGAUGGCCUCGGCGAUGGCCUCCUCGGCGACUGCAGCAGGAGGAGCUCCACCUACGGCCUGAGCGGGCCGAUGAGGGACAUCAUGGACGGCGCCACCAUCCCCACCACGCCGCGGUACAUCUUCAAGGCACACGAGAUGACCAAGGACGUGCGCCUGCUGCUGCAGGAGUGUCUUCACACCGACGUGAUCCUGGUGGCUGCCGACGAGGAAAUACCCGCGCACACAAAGAUCCUCAAGGCACACGGCGGCGCCCUGUUCGAAAUGGCUGAGCAGUCGGGCCCCGAGGGCCGCGUGCCGCUGCCGGACAUGUCCGGCGAGGUGCUGCUCGAGGUGCUGCGCUACGUGUACACCCGCACCGCCCCCGCCGUGGAGCGGAUGCCGCGCGCGCUGCUCUCGGCCGCGCACCGCGCCGCGCUGCCGGGCCUCAAGGACCGCUGCGCCGAGGUGCUGGUGCAGCGCAUGCACGUGCACAACGUCACGGAGAUGUUCGAGCUGGCCGACAACAACGAGGAGGAGAGGCUCAAGCAGGCCGCCGCCGUGCUCUUCCUGGAGAACGCCAAGGAGAUUUACGACACGGAGGAGUGGCACGCCUCCCUGGACCUGAGGCCGGCGGCGGCCAUGCGGCUGGUGCACAUCGCCGUCACCAAGUCCACGAUGGACUUCGGCUCCAUGAGCACGGGCACGCGCAUCAUGCACCUGAUCGCGCGCAUCUACAUGGUGGCCAUCGUGCCCGUCAUCGGCUACGUGCUGUACGCCUCGGUCCGGAACAAGAUCCGCGCCGCCCGGGGCCUCGACGGCAACGGCACCGCGGCGUCCACCGCGUCCGAGGCCUCCAAGCCCUCGACGGCGGCCGAGGUCGUCGCCGACCUCGUCAACGCCACCGUCCAGCACACCGUGGCCGUGGUGACCGGCGUCGAGGAAGACGAGUUCUUCACGUCGCCUGGCGACGAGUUGUGAGCGGUGGGCUCCUCUAACCCAACCUAAGAGAUGUUUAAAGAGCGACUGGCAGAGAGCACGACGUAUGGACUCUUGAGCACUCCACUCAGUUUCUCGCACCGUCUUGUGUAUUUUGACGUAAUUUUGAUUAGACUAGGAAUGCGAGCAUCUUGCUUAGAGCCACUUCUACUCACUGCCUGUCGGUCGUCCAAUAAUUGUUGACUUACUUGUUAUUGUUGUUGUUGUUAAUUGUAAAAUCGAUCGAAGCUUACCCUUAGGUUCAACCUCUACCUCUACUCUAACAUCGUGUCUACUUGUAUUACUAAUUCAAUAAAUUCAUCUUUAUCUCUUGUUCUCACCAUA